UUUCGGCUCAGAGGAAGAAGGAAGGAGAUGGCCGACUAGUAGAAGGAAAUAUCAUACUUCUCCUUCUUUGUCAGCAAGAUUCGUUUCAUUCAAGCUCAUUUUUUUCACACUCUGAAACCGGAGGGGGACGUUGAAAACAUUUAGCUCCUCUUCCAGGAUGGCAGAACCAAACAGCAACGUCAGAUAUCAGGAGCUGGUAAAUGAGGAGGAGCCCGUCCAGGCCUCCCAGGAGAGCUCUGGACAGGAUGCACCACCUCCCUACAGCAGCAUCGCUGCAGCUAAUGCAGCGUUCUUUGAGUACAAGGAAGAAGGAGGGAGAUUUCCCAACCCUCCGUCGUACAACGUUGCCACCACUUUGCCCUCCUACGACGAGGCCGAGCGAAGCAAAGCCGAGGCCGCCGUCCCCCUGGUCACUGGAAGGGUCUCGGAAGACGACUUCGUGGCCAGAGACGACUUCGAAGACGCCGACCAGCUGCGGAUAGGAAACGACGGCAUCUUCAUGCUCACUUUCUUCAUGGCAUUCCUCUUCAACUGGAUCGGCUUCUUUCUGUCGUUCUGUUUGACCACGUCAGCGGCCGGUCGAUACGGAGCCAUUUCCGGCUUCGGCCUGUCCCUCAUCAAAUGGGUUCUCAUCGUCAGGUUUUCCACUUAUUUCCCCGGAUACUUUGACGGACAGUACUGGUUGUGGUGGGUGUUUCUGGCUCUGGGUUUCAUGCUGUUCAUCAGAGGCUUCGUUAACUACUCCAGAGUGCGCAAACUGGUAGAUCCCGCUUACGCCAACCUGCCCAGAACAAGAGUGCUUUUCAUCUAUUAGAGAUGAAGCGGAACAAUGUUCGAGAGUCGCAUGAAGAGACUUCACCGGAAAUCAGCCAGACGAAUUCUAGACGAAGACGACCUCAAGAUGGUAACAUAUUCAGGAAAUAUAUAAAACAUGUGUUUUUCUUUUGUUUAGACAUUUCAUUAAUGGAACAUGGUAAGCAGUAAUAGUUCCUUUAGCUGUUCAUUAGUGGCUAAUGUUAAGUGCUAUUUACAUCUGUUGUAAUGUAAGAGUAUUGCCUUAUCGGAUUUGAUGGUAGCAUAAGAGCAUGCAUCUGCUGCCAGGUUAUUAAUUAGAGCCAGGCUCAUGUUGGCCAACGGGUUUUCUAAUUCGCGCAACACUGUAGAUUGACCACAGCAUGCAGCAACACUUUGUAACAUUUGCUUCAUCGAUCUAAUAUCCAAUUAGACGUUUGUACUUCAAUCAGCUAUUGGCCUUAAGCUGUGCUGUUCCUUCUUCAACCACUAGGGGGCAGCGAUGUCUGCACAUGUCCAGACGGGACAAACAAGAGAGCCUGCUUGUAAUUUGCUAUUCGAACAUACCAGGUUGACCUCUGCUUGUCAGAGGUUUCUUUUAAUAAUUACCGCGGGUUAAAUCAGGCGAAACAAUCCAAACCUGGAAGAAGAAUUCAACGUACCGAGAUGCUCUUGAAAGAAACCCAGCGUCUUGUUUUCAUUUCACCCAGACAAGCGUCUGAAUCUCUGAGCUGCUGCAGUGACGCUGCUGAAUUUUGGUGUUUGUCUGAGAAGGUCUCAUUUGAACGCUGCAGUCUGACCUGCCGAUGACUCCACUGUGAGUCAGGGAGAAUCUGCUGCAGGAAAAGCUCAGAGAUUUAAAGAAAAAAAAAAAAAGCUGUGUGGAUUUCAGCUGUUAAUGAUCCAGUUUGAACAGCUGCAUCACAAUAAUGAGCACAAAAAUAGCUGAAAUUCCUCCUCCAGGUGGGAUUUUUGCCUUAAGAUUUAAUUGACAGAUGUGGGUUUUUUUUUCCCUCUUAACUUUCUUUGCACAGUGUUAGAAGUUGGUAUCAAUUAAAGCAAGAACGUUGCUUUUCAGCUGCACUUCUAGAAGUGUUAGCGGUGAAACCCAGAUGAUGUUAUUCCCAGUUCACACUGAACAAUUUAAAUCAUUAACUUCAUACUUCUGCCAUAGCUUUGAUUACACACCAGUUAUGCUUGUUUCUAUGUGGCGUAGAGCUAAACUUUGGGGUUCUGUUGUUAAUGUAACUGUACAGAAAUCAUGUAGCGUUAAAUAAAUGUCACUUUCAAUGGG